UUCGACCAUCAGUCUUCCUCUCAGACUCCCUACAUCCACAGCAUCCCUGGCCACAUGCCUUUACCAUUACCCAGUAGCUUUAAGAGAGUGUGCGGAGAUUCAGUUGAAAAAGAUCCUCACUAAGAUCCAAGCGUUUCUGACAAGUCCAUCAUGAGUACCUUUGGGUACCGAAAGGAGCUGAAGAAGUAUGAAUCAGUGGAUGAAGAUGAGGUGUUGGCUGGCUUGUCAUUUGAGGAGCUUCAGGAGCUGGAGAGGGAGCUGGCGGAUAUAGACCCGGAUGACAACGUACCUAUCGGGCUGAGGCAGAAAGACCAGACCGCCAAGACCCCCACAGGCACCUUCUCCAGAGAGGCACUGCUGAAAUACUGGGAGGACGAGACACGCAAACUGCUAGAGGAUGACAGAUCUGAAUCAUCCCCUGAACAUGAUAGAAUGGAGGAAGGACAGACUGAUAAGAGCGAAGAGGAAUGUGUGACAGAGAGUGACAGUAGCAGCACAGAGUCUGAGGACAGUGAUGAGGAAGAGGAACGCCAAAAUAGAAGGGAAGGGAGCGAAGACGAGGCAGGUGAGGAUGAGAAUGAUUCAAUUCAGUCUGAAAAUGAAGAGGAAAAGAAGGACAAAUGCAAACAGGAACCUUUAACAACUUCUGGUAGAAAUGGGCAGAACGCUGUUGACCACCUAUCAAGAAACCUAGGGAAUUGUUCUGAAAGGGGAGACUUGAGAACAACAAUGACUGACCAAAACCUAAAUGUGACUCCAGAGAGACCUUGUGGGAACCCUAUCGUGAUUGACGAGGCACUUGAACGGAUUCUUCGCGAUGAUCCAACGAUGAGCGAGCUCAACUUCAACAACAUCGAAGACAUCUCUCAGGAGACCUUGCUGCGUAUCUCCGAAGCACUGAGUGCCAACACACAUGUACGUGUUUUAAGCCUUUCUAACACCCGAGCCAAUGACCGGGUUGCCUUCGCCGUCUCCAAGAUGCUCAGAGAAAACUGCUCCAUCACCAACCUCAACAUUGAGUCCAACUUUGUGUCUGGCCGGGGAAUCUUGGCGCUGUUAGCAUCGCUCCAACAAAACAGUACUCUGGUGGAGCUGCGCUUCCACAACCAGAGGCACAUCUGCGGGGGGCAGGUUGAGAUGGAGAUGGUUUGCCUCCUGAGGGACAACAGCACCCUCCUCAAGCUGGGCUACCAGUUUGAUCUGCCAGGCCCCAGGAUGACCGCCACCAGUAUUCUGACCCGCAACCAGGACCGACAGAGGCAGAGACGGCUGCAACAACAGAGGGAGAAAGGCCAUCCAGAAGCAACAGUCCAGCCCAAGGCCGAUGCCGGGACAAUAGGCCUAGUUUCUGGACCGCCUCCUUCAAACAAACCACCCUGGUUCUCUCCAAGACAUGUGAGGAAUAACCAGACCCCAAAUAACAUCCCUCCUCCACCUCCCCCACUCUCUGGCCUUCAGUCUGAGAGGAAUGCACCAACCAGGAAGAUUGCAGAGAUGAUCAAACAACAUGAAGGGAGUACAAAGGGUCAAUCAGGCCAAAAGAAACCCAAAUCCAAGAGGGGCAAAAAUGGGGCCAACAAGAAGUGCAGCUCUGACAUUUCCAAGGAGCUGAAGAAUGCCUUGAAGCCUUCUUCACGAAAGAAGAAAGACAACCCACCUCGGCCACCAGCAUCUCUGAGCUCUACCCGUGAUGAUCUGAUGGCGGCCAUUCGUGGUAGCAGCAUUAGAUCACUCAAAAGUGUAAGUAAGACAGACGCACAAACAUCCAAUCAUGAACCAAUGGCAAUCAAUCACGCUCAAGACGUGCCUCCGAGUGCUGGGUUUGAUGGCGUCCACCACCUCAGGAAGUACCUCUCGGCCUACUGA